AAGAUAGUUAAAUCACGAGCGAAUUCACACAGGUGAAAGGCCCUUCAACUGUCCCACCUGUAACAAAAGCUUUCGUCAGCGAUCGGCUCUAGUUGUACAUAUUAAAACGCACACAGGAGACAGGUCGUUCCUGUGUUUUGUGUGCAGUAAAAGCUUUUAUACCCCAGGAGACUUGAAGAAACAUCUGGAAAUUCACACAGGAGUGAGGCCACACAACUGCCCUGUAUGCUUCAAGGGCUUUGGGCGUCCCAGUUUCCUCAGAGCUCAUAUGCGCAUACAUGAGAAAGUUUCCACAAAGAAGCAAAGUGGAACAGAGAAGCCUACAGGUGGUCCGAAAGUCGACUUGCAGGACAAGCCAUUUGAAUGCGCUCACUGUGGCAAGAGAUUCAGUCAGCAUUGUAUGUUAAAAAUUCACCAGCGGAUUCACACAGGAGAGAAACCUUACAAGUGCUCUCAGUGUGGCCUGAGUUUUCGCUGGAGGAGAAACCUGAUAGCCCACCAGAGCGGCCACCCAGGCGAGAACCCUCUCCAGUGUUCGAUGUGUGAUGAAACAUUUGCUUCCGAAGCAAGUCUGAAAAAACAUCAAGAUGCGUUUCAUUCGGGGGUCUCUCAUACAUGCAGUUUGUGUUUGAAGACAUUUACUCAAGCAGCUGGCCUCAGAAAACACGUGCAGUAUGUUCACGAAGGAGAGCGAGCGCACAAAUGCUCCGAGUGCGGGAGAGGAUUCGUCAAACUUUGCUCGCAGUUCACCGUCACCAGCGCCGCCAUCAUUACGACCGGGGCGACCAACUCUUUCAGUGCUCGCAGUGUGAGCGAAGCUUCAGUCAUCCCAGCAGUCUGGUUUUGCACCGACGGACACACACCGAAGAAAAGCACGAGUGCCCUCAGUGCGAUAAGAUUUUCAGUCAGGCGGGACACCUGAAGGUGCACAUGCGCACUCACACCAAAGAAAAUAAACCCAAAUUCGAGUGCCCUGAAUGUGGCAAGAGUUUUGGCCAAGCUAAAGAUUUGGUGGUUCAUCAGAGGGUUCACACCGGAGAAAAGCCGUACCAGUGCCCUCAGUGCAAGAAGAGCUAUCGGCAGUUUGCGCAUUUGUCCGUGCAUCUGCGAAGUCACACGGGGGAGAAGCCGUAUCAGUGCCCCAUAUGUCUCAAAUUCUUUGCUCAUUCAUCAUCCAUGAAAAAACACCUCCGUGUAAUGCAUGCAGAGGGCAAAGAUUUACCCGUAUCAAAGGAAGUUGUGAAGGUCACUGUUGGCGUAGGCCCGUCUAACACAACUGUAGAAGUUAAGCAAGAACCAGAGUCUGGUGAUGAAUACGAAUGUCAAGUGAAAUCUGAAGAAAGCUGCUCUGCUUUAAUGGAUGACGUGAAGGCUGUAACAGUCACUUCAGCUCCUUCCAGUCCAAUAUCAUCUGUGACUUUGAAAGAUGAAAAAUGAAUGUGGAUGGAAACAAGGGUUUGUCACCAACAGUCUGCUAAACUGCAGACUGCAUUGAAGAAUCUGCAGCAUCAACUAGUUUACCGAAGCCAAAAAACAUUUUAAAGUAGAAUUGCAUUCUACACUUACUCCAGAAGCUGGUCUCCAUCCAUGAAGACUCCAGCCUCCUUAAUUAGAAAGGUGGUAUAGAGACAAAGAACUUUGAUCAACAGAAAUCCACACCUUGGCAUGGAGUGUGUGGUUUCUGUGAGCCGGGAACCGCAAAAACCAGUGCUUUAGGUGUUUUUUUUUUUAAAGAAAACGGUACCGAUCAGUGUUCCUGAUCAGAACUAUCCAGUGCGAAGGACUUUAUCCAUUCUGUAGGCCUCAAAUAUGACCUACAUAUUUUAGACUUUGUUGCUUUCAUGCUGGCUAAAUGUUGCAGAAUGAACAUAGAGAAAGGACAUUGAUAUAGUAGAGGUUUCUUAUAUUAUGCUCCUGGAGGUCCACUGUCCUACAGACUUCAGUUCCAACCCUGAUCAAACUCACCUGCCUGUAAUUUUCAAGUAUUC